AUGCCAAAAAGAUCCAUCGAUGAAGUUAAUGAGCUUAAUAAAACAGUCCAGUCUUUGGCCGCCGUUGAAGACGAAGCAAAUCAACUGCCAAAUAAAAGAGUUAAAAAGCGGUAUGAGUUUGCCAUGACUCAAUAUGAAAGUGCUGCGCAAGAUUCUGUCAAUGAUCCUAAAACAUUUACUCCACCAGGGUAUAUCAAAAAAGUCAUUUUGAAGAAUUUCAUGUGUCAUGAAAAUUUCGAGUUAGAAUUUGGUCCACGUCUAAAUUUUAUCAUUGGUAAUAAUGGUAGUGGUAAAAGUGCCAUACUAACUGCCAUCACCGUUUGCCUGGGCGCUAAAGCUACAACCACUAAUCGUGGAACAAGUCUAAAAGAUCUAAUUAAAGCCGAUUGUAAUACAUGUAAAAUUAUCAUUGUUCUAAGCAAUGAAGGUUUGGGAGGUUUUAGACAAGAUAUUUACGGUAACUCUAUAAUAAUUGAAAGGACUUUUAAAAGAGAUAGUAGUUCAAACCAAUAUAAAUUAAAAACCGAAAAUGGUAGGGAAGUUUCAAGUAAAAAACGCGAAUUAGAUGAAAUUGUUGAUUAUUUUAGCAUUCCCAUCAUGAAUCCAAUGUGCUUUUUAUCUCAGGAUGCUGCUAGAUCUUUUUUAACUGCAAGUACUCCUCGUGAUAAAUAUAGCCAUUUCAUGAGAGGUACUUUGUUAGAAGAAACCGCCAAUAAUUUACGUACCACUAUAAGUACUAUUAAGUCAGUUGAAGCCACCAUUCAUUUGCAUAACCAGAAUGUCAAAGAAUUGUACAAAGAAUAUAAAGAAGCUCAAGCCCUGUUAAGUACGAUAAACUCAAGUGCUACUUUAAAUGAACGAAAAAGGAUAUUACAAGGUAAGAUUUAUUGGCUAAAUGUUGUCGAAAACGAAAAGCACUUAAACGAGUUGCAAUCUCUUUCUAGUAAAUGUAACGAAAAAAUCAUGUCUAUGGAGCAAAAGGAAAAUAAUCUGACUUAUAAUAUGACAAGAUUAAAAGUUGAUUUAGAAGAUCUUUCCAAACAAUUACAACCACAUUAUGAUGUUAUGGCCUCAAGGCAAGAAAUAUUUACCGAAACUAAAUUGAAGCUUUCAGAAGCCUUGAGCGAAAUUGAAUCUAAAAAUAGAGAAAAAAUUGAGACUACCAAAACUAUAACUAGCCAUAAAAACUUAGCUUCUACAUUAAAGUCCACUAUUAAAUCUUUAGAAGAACAAUUACAAAAAAAUACGGAUGAAAAACAACAAACCGUACACAAUGAACUUGAAAAAAUUAGAAAUACCCAAAGGGGUAUUGACGAAUUGAUGAAUAAAUAUUCUGUCGAAAUUGGGGAAUUUAACGACAAUAAAAUCCAACUUCAAGAAAACAAACAAAGAGAAAAGGAAACUUUACUUCAAUCAAUAAACGAAAACCAAAGACAAUUGAAAAAAAUUGCCUCUGGUAAUAAUAAUUUAAUCAGUGCAUUUGAUAACAACAUGCAUAGGGUUCUAGCUGACAUUGAAAAGCUUAACCAACAGGGCAAAUUUAAACAAAAACCGAUUGGCCCCUUGGGCCUGCAUGUUACUAUCAAAGAGAGUUUUCAAAGAGAUUGGGCUAGGCCUAUCCAGAAACUUUUAGACUCUACUUUAAAAUCUUUUGUCGUUUCUAAUCAGGAUGAUAGAAGAUUGUUGAACGAUAUUUCAAGAAGAAAUAAGGUAAAUAUAGGUAUUAUCACUCGGAAAAUGGAUAUAUUUGACUAUUCUGAUGGCAAAGCCGUUUCUGAAUAUCCUACUAUUGCUGAUGCUUUGAGCUUUAGCGAAAAGUCCAUUGAAUGCACUUUUGUGGACAUGAACAAAAUUGAAACCGUUGUUUUAAUUUCUGACAGAAAUAAAGCUAAAUCUUUUCUAGAAGACCAUCCGUCUAAUGUAAGGCAGGUCCUUUCCAUUAGGGACCACAAAUCAGGUUUGGUUUCUUCUAUAAACGUCUAUAAUGCUUUUAAAAUAGAUACAAUUUAUUAUUCACAAAGGCCGUUGGCCAUGAGAACUUCCACUACAAAUGGUGAAGCUUCGUAUUUCAGAGAAUUGAUUGAAGAGGACAAGAAAAGACUUGGUGAUUUAGCUAAUAAGUUUGAUGUGAAGAUUGAAAACUGUGCUCAAAAAAUUAGAGAACAUAAAAGAGAAAUGAAAAAAUUGAACGAUGAAGCUACCGCUUUGAAAAAUAAAGCUACAGCUUUGGAAGUAGAUCUAGAAAGAGUAGUUGAUACAAAUGAACUAGAAAGAUCUAAAGCAGAUUUGGAAACACAAGAACGUUCGAUAGCAGUUGCUGAACAGGCUGUAACCUACUUGGAUACCGAAAUUUUGAAAUUAACAGAAGCUAAUGAGCCACUAAAGCGUGAUUACGUAGAGGCUAAAGAAGCAUUGACAACUGCACAAGAAGAAUACAAUACUAUUAGACAAGAAAUUAACGAUAAACAAGGUUAUGUAGACACUAUUAUAGAUAAAAUAAGUCGCUACAAAGAAAAAAGAGCUGUUUACUGUCAAAAAAAAGGCGAACUUUUAAAUGAUACAAAAAAGGCAGAAUCAUAUAUCACCCAAACCGCCACAGCAGCGGCAGAAUAUUGUACAAGAGAUCAGGCUUUUACUGAUGAUGUUCCAAACACCAAUACUGAUGUGGAGUUUGAACUAUCUAGAAUUGAUAAGCAAAUUAGAGAUGCGGAAAAAUCAAUUGGUAUGUCUCAAGAAGAGGUUUUGCAGUUUUACGAUGAAGCCAAAUCCAUGUUUCAAGAAGCUAGUAACAAGAUUAAGGAUAUUAGAAAUGCAAUCGAUUUGUUAUCAAAAUCGGUUGCUAGAAGAACCGACGCAUUAGAAUAUGCUAAAAAAGAUACUUGUUUAGCUGCAGACACAGAUUUCAAAGCUUCUCUACGUUUCAGAAAUUUUACUGGUGGACUAGUUUUUGAUUUUUCUACUGAAACAUUAAACAUGAUGGUAAAAACACCAAAUGAUGAAAGUGCAAGAAACGUUGAUUCGUUAUCUGGUGGUGAAAAAUCAUUUUCUCAAAUUUCUUUAUUGUUGGCAACUUGGAAACCUAUGCGCUCAAGAAUUAUUGCUUUGGAUGAGUUUGAUGUUUUCAUGGAUCAGGUUAACAGAACAAUUGGUACUAAAUUAAUCAUGGAAAAAUUGUCAUCUGAUAAUAGGACUCAAACAAUCAUUAUCACACCACAAGAUAUUGGCAAGAUUGCUAACUUGAAUGGUAAUUCUGAUGAUAUCCGUAUUCAUAAAAUGCCAGAUCCACAAAGGCACAAUAACUCAACUUUUUAUGAUAAAAAUUAG